AUAUUCUUUGCAUAAUCCCAAGUCCCAUUCCCUCCUUACCAUUGCGUCUUCCAUUUCAUUCUCUCUCUCUCUCUCUCUCUCUCUCUCUCUCUCUCUCUCUCUCUCUCUCUCUCUGAAACAUGCGUGUUGUUACAACAGAGGCACCAACAACAGUGGCAGAACACAUCAAAUGGAGAAGACCCAGAAACCAAUUGAGCCAGCGCAACCACAUCAUUGCAGAAGAAACAGAUCCAAGGCCACAAAUUCAAUCCACAAGGUGCAAGUCCACCAUUUCCUCCCUGCUCCUCUCCACAUUCUCCAACAACAGCAAUGAUGGCGGGUCACAGAGCAGGAAAAAGAGCAACUUUUCAGCAGCAGCGACGUUGAGGGGGCUGGGGUGCACGGCGGGGGCGCCGCAGGAGGUAUCGGUGCCGGCGGUGAUUCGAAACUCGGCGGAAUGGGAAGGAAAGAAGGUGAGAAAGAAGAAGCACAAGAGAAGCAGCAAAGGAAGUUGCAACAAUAAUGGCGUCGAUGUGGAUUUUCAAGAUGUGUGGUGUGGCACCGCACACGGAAUAGGGUUCUCUGCCGAUUGUGUUGUUGGCACUUCCAGGAAGAAUGCCUCUUCUUCUUCACGACCCAAAAUUGAUGUUCACAAAAUCAAUCACAGACAGCGUUCAUCUUCUUGUUUGGGAAGGCGCAGUGUGAACCCAGAAACCAUCUCGCUUCUCGACACUGAUCCCAGCGACGUCUUCACACCGCGCUCUGCCUCCUCCGAGUUCGCAUACUAUCGCCACCUUCCAGAUCCUUCCACCGAUGCUUUUCCUGAGAUUAUGAUGCUUCAAGGAGGUAUAAUCAUGGGGAGUAGAUACUCACACGAUCAAUUCAGAGAUUUGAGACUUGAUAUUGAUAACAUGUCCUAUGAACAAUUGCUUGAGCUCGGUGAGAGAAUUGGUUAUGUCAACACUGGACUUAAAGAAAAUGAGAUGGGUGGCAACAUAAGGAAAACUAAGCUUCAAAUUUCAGAUGAUGCAUCAAACCAUCAAGUAGAUAAAACGUGUACCAUUUGCCAGGAGGAGUAUGAAGCUGCUGAUGAAUUGGGGAGGUUACAUUGUGAGCACAGCUAUCACUUCCACUGUAUAAAACAAUGGGUUGCUCACAAGAAUUUCUGUCCAGUGUGUAAGCAACAAGUUGUGGCUCGCAACAAUUGAAGGACAGAUACACCCUCAUGGUUAUUUUUUUGAAAGUUGCUUCUUUUCAUCAUUGAAUUGGUGUAUAGUCUUCAUAUCCAAUCCAAUACAAUAUAUAAACAACGAUUUUCAUUUGUUUCUGUCAAUCUUUUUUGAACAUUAAUCUCCUUUGUGAGGAGUCGGCAAUAUAUGUGAUUGUGUGAAGGUUUCUAGAUUGGAUGAGAUCUUUGCAUAAUAUUAUACUCGA